AUGUCAGAGUUCAAAGUCUUGAUUGUCGGAGGUUCUGUGGCGGGCCUUACACUUGCCCACUGCCUUGAGAAACUCGACAUUCGAUACGAGAUUCUCGAAAAACAUGAUGAGAUUGCCCCCCAAGUCGGAGCCUCGGUGGGGAUCAUGCCAAAUGGCGCUCUCAUCCUUGACCAGCUCGGCUUGUUUGAUGACAUCGAGAGUGUGAUUGAACCGCUAGAAAUGGCGAAAAUCCGGUACCCUGACGGAUUCUACUUCAAGAGCGAGUACCCCUUGACUAUGAGAGCUUAUUUUGGAUAUCCGAUAUCCUUCCUUGAACGGCAGAAGUUCCUUUCCAUACUCUACAGCAAGCUUCAUCACAAAGAUCGAGUUCACACUGGCCAGAAAGUCUUGUCGGUGCGAGAUUGUGGAUCUCACGCCGUCAUGAAGACGGCUGACACCGAGUACACGGGACACUUGGUCGUCGGAGCUGACGGCGUUCACAGCAUCGUCAGAUCCGAGCUGUGGAAAUUGGCCAACAAAUUCAAGGCUGGAACGUUUCAAGAAGAUGAGAAGAAUGCCCUCAAAGUCGAGUACGCCUGCAUAUAUGGCAUCUCCACCCGCGUCCCAGGGGUCAAGGACGGAGUCCAGUUGAGUCUCAUAUCCCGUGGUGUCACGAUUCACAUCUUCAACGGCACAAACUGCAAAGUCUUCUGGUUCGUCAUCGUCAGGUUGGAGAAGAACGAUGUCGGCAGUGACAGGCCGCGGUACGACGAUAUGCAUGCCCGCAAGAUUUGCGACAGCCUCCAGCGGGAGAAGGUUGAUGCCGACCUGACCUUUGGCGACGUGUGGGUGAACUGUGACAUAUUUAAAAUGACUCCUCUAGAAGAGGGCCUGUACGAGAGGUGGCAUUUUGGCCGUCUAUUCUGCAUAGGAGAUGCAGUCCACAAGUUGACUCCCAACCUUGGCCAGGGUGCCAACCUGGCCAUAGAGGAUGCCGCGGCCCUCGCGAACGCGCUGUGCAAGGCCAACCUCGGAGAGGCCAUGCUCGAGGCCGCCUCGAUGGAACGGUUGACACGAUGGGUCAAGUGGAAGAAGACAAUACUGGACGUGAUCCCAAGCUGCGUUUUGUUUGUUCGCAAUCUGCCCUUGCAGCAUCAUCAGAACAUCACCAUGUUAUCUGAACACGUCCUAGACUUGGGGGGAGUUUGGCCCAAGAUAUGGCUAGCGGGGGGCAUCAUUGCUGCCGUUGCUUUCAUUCGGCACUUCGACUACGAAAAGAAGGAGCUUCAGUUCAAGUGGCUACUUCCCGGACAGCAUCAUCUUGUCGAGAGGAUUCCAAAUUCGGUCAUUGCAAAGGCGCUGAGCUGGCAAAGAUCGCGGGCAAGCAACCCCGAUGACGCAUUCUUUCGAGAAUUUUCGGGCGAGUUUCUGCAGAGCUUCGACGAGGAGGUGCAGGCCAUUGGAGCGCAACGACAGUUAUUUCGUGUACCAUUCUUCUCCCAUGCGGCCGACGUCACGGCUAGCUCGGGGCGGAUUGCAGUUCCUUGCUUCCCCAUGGCGUUAAAGGUAAUUGCGAGGCUGACAACAAAGUCAUUGUUUGGCGCCCCCCUGUGCCGAGAUGGAAAAUUUCUAGAGCUGUGCUGUCACUUUGGGAGUGCAGUUCCGCGUGAUGCCGCCAUCCUGCGCUGCUUUCCUGAGUUCUCACGACGCUUUAUCGCCCCCUUUAUGGCUGCUCCUCGCGGCGUGCACGAUCUACAGACGGCCGUAUGCGGAGAGAUCAAGGCCAGACGACAACGGGACAAGAAUCCGUUAAAGGAUCUUCUCGACUACUCGAUGAAAUGGGUGGAAGAACACCCGGAAAAUGGAUGGGAGGAUUGCCAUAUUGCGGAAAUGAUGUCCAACACUGUUUUCGCCGCCCUGCACACUUCCAGCCAGUUGGUGGUUCACGUUAUCUUCGAGAUUGCUACUCGGCCAGACUACUUGGCCCCCCUUCGCGAGGAAAUCAAGAAAUGCUUCGCAGAGCACGGGGAUGGCACCAAGGCGGCUAUCGACAAAAUGUAUAAAAUGGACAGCUUCAUCAAGGAGACGCAGAGGUGCAACCCCCUAGACGCAUCUGCACUUGCGAGGCUCGUCUUGAAGCCGUACACAUUCACCAACGGGCUGCACGUGCCAGCUGGCUGCUUCAUCUUUACACCCAACUCACCGCUGUUCGAGGACGAGCAGUAUUACAGCAAUCCUCAAGUCUUUGAUGGCAUGCGUUUUGCGCGGAUGCGUGAGCAUGAAAGCACGCGAGCAGCGAGUCCAUUUACGGCGACGAGUGAGCAUAGCAUGCACUUUGGUAUGGGUCGCCAUGCUUGCCCCGGCCGCUUCAUGGUCUCGGACGAGGUCAAACUCGUUCUCGUCCACCUUCUCACCCACUUUGACUUUGCCAUAGAGAACAAUGGUCCACGGCCGCGGAACGUCGCAUUUGGGAAGUUUAUGCUGCCCGACAUGGGGGCGAAGAUUUGGCUGCGCCGGUUGGCAUGCGACGGGGGGGAUUGUGCCUCGGGGAACGGCGAUGACUCAUGUGCCUGA